AUGUACAGCCGCAGAGAUUCACCGACCACCAGCGUACCACCGGCCUCAGCCGCCGGCAAUCGCCCUCCUAACCUAAUUCACUCUGGUUCAAAGAUGGAUGAGACAAGAGAAUACAAGAUCCAAAAAUUCUCAUCCGAGAAGUUGGCCAUGGACAUCUCCGAACCCACUAAGAGGAAAUUCGUCCGGGAAAUUCGUCCAUGGACAUCUCCCUCUGACAGGUGGGAGGCUCGACUUGAGGAUAUCUUCAAAGGGUGCCCUUUUGAUAUGCUCGAUGCUGCUUUAUCCGACACUGUUACCAAGUUCCCUGUUGACAUUCAGCCAUUUAAGGAUAUGAUUGAAGGCAUGAGGAUGGACCUUCGGAAAUCGAGAUACAAUAACUUUGACGAGCGGUAUCUGUACUGUUAUUAUGUGGUCAAGACUGUGGGGCUAAUGAGUGUGCCGAUUAUGGGCAUAGCACCCGAGUCUCAAGCUACGACCGAGAGUGUGUAUAGUGCUGCUUUGGCUUUGGGGCUCGCGAAUCAGUUGACCAAUAUUCUCAGCGGACAAUAG